AUGACAGCUGUAUUGAGGGACAGAUGGUUAACGGAGCCACUCAGAAAGAUAGAUGUUGAUACAGCGAGUGAACCUUCAGCGUGGAGUGUUUGUCAUGGCUAUCUUCGCAGUAUUACAGGAGGGAUCUCCAGAAGGUUCUGUGGAGUUUCUGAUGUCUUGACUACCACAUCCUUUCUGAGAGCUAGGGAAGAAGUUACACGACGCAAGAAGGCAGCCACCACAGGCUCGGGAGUAAAAGUUCCUCGCAAUUUCUGCCUGUUGGAAGAACUUGAAGAAGACCAGAAGGGAGUAAGAGAUGGCACAGUUAGCUGGGGUCUGGAAGAUGACGAAGACAUGACCCUUACCAAGUGGACAGGGAUGAUAAUUGGGCCUCCAAGGGUGGACCCAAGAGCCAUAUCCGUGCUAGCAAAGUGGCAGAACUCCUAUAGCAUCAAAGUCAUCCUGCGAGAGCUCCGGCACCUGGUGAUGUCUAAAGAAAACAUGAAACUCCCCCAGCCGCCGGAAGGACACUGA